GAGAACAGCUGAUUCAGUGGUAUUCAUGGUCGAAGUCUAAGAACUGGUAGAAUAAAAUUUGUGACGAUCAUUAAGAUUAUUUGCUUGAUUUCCGGAUCAUAUGAUAAUAAUUCUACUAUAAACAUCGUGUUAGUGACGAAAAGGCGUCUAAAUAGAGGCUUAAUGCUAUCCUAGUGAAAUAUCGCUGCCCGUUCCUUCAUUGGUGUAACAGAUGUUUGUCGUGAGAAAUGUCACAAAUUGAUAUCAAAAACUUAUUCGACGAAAGUAGGUUUCCCAGUGGCUGGAAACUAGUAUCUCUGCUACUGUACGCCCCUCUGGGACUAAUAAUCGUCCUCUUGCGCUUCCUAAUCAGUCUUAGUUUCUGGACAUUGGCUUCGAUACUUCCAGACUGUCAACCACUUCGAACAUUUUUACACAAUGGACUCAGUUUAUCGUUCGGCAUUAUCAUCAAGAUCAGUCCAGAGACUGAGGAGCGCAAUCCCGAGGCAAGGAUUCUUGUAGCGAACAAUGUAUCAACUCUGGAUCACUUUGUGAUUCGGAGAGUCGCUCAAACAGUCACUCCCAGUGGUUGGGAUCUGCCAAGUUCUCUGAGCGAAGCUCUGGGUUUGCAGAAAAUGGACAUGAGCAGCAAGGACGUGCUCGUUGCAAAUAUCAAGGAAUUCCUCGCUUCAACAAAAGCCAACCUUGCCGUUCAACCCGAGUUUGGAGCCACUAAUAACCGCGUGGCAUUGCUCAAAUUCAACUCGUGGCCGUUUGGAAUAGAACCGGUCGUUCAACCGGUCGUCAUCAAGGCGACGAGGCCCGAAUUCGUCGACGUGAGACUCACAUCCGUCGCCUCGACGACGUGGACUGACGUGCUCUGGUUCAUGUUCGUCCCCUACACGAUUUUUACAUUAAAGUACCUUAAGGCUAGAAGAAAUACGGACCAGGAAAUACUCGUGAGAGAGGUCGAGAAGGAGAUUGCUGACGAGCUGAAAAUCCAGACUAGUACGCACACGAUUUCGGACAAAAGCGAGUAUGAAAAGCGGUAUAUUCGGGAGAAAGUACAAAACAGAGGCACUCAAAGCAGAGGUUCCACGAAUUCGCAGGUUGGGAACAUGGAGAUGAUCAGAAUGGCCCAGCGAGUUAAUGAAGUACUUCCAAUGGUACCACGCAGUGUUGUUCUUCGCGAUCUUUCAAAAACAAGAAACGCGGAGAUUACAAUCGCCAAUCUCCUCGACGGCAUAGUAACUUACACGCCAGAACAAUUGCCAUCAACUGCUUCGGAAAGUUCAUUUUCAAAAUCGCAAGUACAGCCUGCAAAAGGUUUUAAAAUGCCAGGAACUCUUUCUUUCCAUGAGAGGAAGACAAGGAUGAUAGCGGAAGCUCGCGAGAAAUACAUUGAGAAGCACGGACUCAAAAACUGUUGAUGUUCUCACAAGUAUCCAAUUUUAAUACCAUUACAAUAUCGCAAUUGAGAACAAAAAAAAUGUACCAUAAAUGUUUUGUUGUAUAUGUAUUUACUAUCGUAUCGCAUGAAUACAGUUUUGUUUCUAAAAUAUGAUUUACUAAUCACAUCAGAUCCCACCCUUCGCGCUUGAUUAACAAACUGUAUUAAAUACAGGAUACAGCCUAAUAUAUUAGAUAUUUUUGUUACGCGUUGCACAUUUGGAAGACUGUAUUUGGAAGACUAAGCGCACCUGCGUGCGAUUUAAUCCUAAAAGUUAUAAACUAAGAGUAUAUAACAAAAUGGACCAAUGCUGCCUAAAUGGAGGUGAAGUCUUCCAACUUGGAAUCUUAACAGCUUCGCUAAUAAUAGUAUUGUAAUCAUAAUCCUAAUCUUAAUUUCUUUCUUAUUCCUAAAUUCGAUUUCAAAGAGUUGUGAAAAUUAUUUUAUUGUAUAUAUUUAAAAAAAGUUACGUUAGGUAGCAUUGGUAGCAUUAGGUGGAUUAUGUUAUAAUCGGUAUUUUAAUUAGAUAAACUUUUUUCUUCACUUGUACAUUAACCGUAUGGCACCUAAUUUUAACAUGCACACUGUAUUUUUUUCCAAGGCGAGAAUCUCAACAGCUUCAAAUCUUGUCCGAAUAAAGUUUUACAUUCAACAUUGA